AUGGCGCCGGCCGGUGCCUUCCGGCACCUGGCGCUGGCGCUGGGCGCCGCCGUGGCCGCCCUGGGCUCGCUGCUCUGCAUCGCCUGGAAGGUCUAUUUCCACCGCGGCGGCACCUGCGCCGGCUGGGACGGCUGGUGGGAGCGGGAGCUGCGCGAGCUGCGCGAGCAGCAGAGCCGGGAGCCCCCCGACGGCGCGCUGGACUGGAGGCAGGUGCUGGUGCUGGGGCUGGACGGAGCAGGGAAGAGCAGCGUCCUGCACUACAUCUGCAGCAGGACGGCCAAGGAGACCAUGGCGCCCACGCAGGGCUUCAAAUCGGCCCGUCUGUGCACGGAGGGGCUGGAGAUGGAGCUGCUGGAGGUGGGUGGCAACCAGAACCUGCGCUCCUACUGGCCGCACUACCUGAGCCAGGCCCACGUGCUGGUGUUCGUGGUGGACUCGGUGGACAGGUCGCGCCUGGUCACGGCGCGCCGGGAGCUUCACGCGCUGCUGGCCGAGGAGCCGCGGCUGCCCCUGGUCGUGCUGGCCAACAAGCAGGACAAGAGCGAUGCCCUGAGCGCGGAGGAGCUGCGCGACGAGCUGGCCCUGCACACGCUCGGCGGCCAGCGGGACUUCUUCCUCCUGCCCACCAGCGCGACCUGGGCCAGCCUCAGCACUGCCACCAGCGUCCUGCACCUCAGGAGCCUGCUGGUCACCCUGCUCUCCCAGCCCUGAGUGCUCGGGGUGCCCACUCCGACCCCAGAAGAGCUUCCCUUUCCAAGAGGACGGUGGCAGGACAGAGACAGCGGGACGGGAGCAGCCGGGGGCUGUGUCGCGCUGUUAGCAGCCUCCUGGCCUGGUAAUGUGUUCGCUGCACCCUGAGAGACGUGGGGUACAGCUGAGGUGCAGGUUGCCCUCAGGGAACAAGAGCAGCAGGCUCUGGUCUCUGCCAAAGGGAGAGCGCAACCACCUCGCCCCGCUGAGAGCAGAGUCUCCUUGGGAUGGAGGCACAAGCACAGAUUUUACCUCCAGGUUGGCAGGCAGGGUUCAGCACAGGGCAGAGCCUCGUGCCUUCACAGCAGCUGAGUAAGGUUUUAAAGGAGUGGG